UUUAGUCGCUUGGUAGCUGUUGAUAUAAGAGCAGCUUGUCUUUUACACAUGGGACUUCUAUGCCUUACGUGCCUCUGCUUCACAUGGGACUUUCUAUGCUCCAUGUUUACAUAGAGUUUUUUUAAAAGUGUGCAAGCAAAAUCUGACGUCUGCAAUCAGAAGCUACAGACCCAAAAAGCCAACGACUUUUGCCAUUACUAGGAAACUAACAGUUUUAUUCAUUUUUUACCUGUAUCACUUCUACACUUGCUGAUUAGAACAUGAGGCGCCUUGUUCUGUUAACCAUUCUCGUCGCUGGAAUUUUCAUUUGUGUUGAAAUCGUAACUUUGACGCACUUGGGCUACCACUCGUUUUUCAAGAUAUCUUGCGAGGAAUAUCCAAGAAACAAAGAAAUGCGCGUAGAUGAGAGGUCGUCAGAUGCAAACGAGAUCACGACAUCUCAAUACCAAUUAACAGAGGUCAAUAAAAGCAUUAGCAACCAGCCAGGUAUAAACGAAAGGCUUGGUCAGUCGGAAGAUGUCAAGGGGCCUGGUACCCAAUUAAUGAACAGGGGGCGUGAUCAACAAACAAAAGAGGACAAGAGGCCUGGUCUCCCGGUAAAGGACAAAAGGCCUGAUAAACAAGUAACGGACGACAGGCCCGGUCACCUGGUAGAGGACAAAAGGCCUGGUCAACCAAUAGACGAGGGGUCGGGUAACCAAGUAACGGACCAAAGGCCUGGUCACUCGGUAAAGAACAAGAGCCCAGCUCACCUAGAAGACGACAAGGGGCCUGGUCACCAAGUAGACAACAAGGGGCCUGGUCACCAAGUAGACAACAAGGGGCUUGGUCACCAAGUAGACGAUAAGGGGCCUGGUCACCAAGUAGACGACAAGGGACCCGGUCAACAAGUAGAAACUAAGGGGCCUGGUCACGAAGUAGACGACAAGGGGCCUGGUCACCUAGUAGACGACAAGGGGCCUGGUCAAACAAUAGAGGAAGAGGGACCCGGUAACCUAGAAGCGCAAGACCAAUUUCAGUGCGCCAUUCCGAUGGAUGAUAGUCACGUGAGUUCAAGUCGGUGCAGGCUUCCUGUGCUUGAUCCGUUCAGUUCAAGUGUAAUGAAGCACGUGCAGCGCCACGCCCCUCUGCAAUGCCCGGGGAGACUCUACACUAACUAUUCAAACGGGGUUCUUAGAUUGAUCUCCGAUGCUGCGGAGAAAGACGAAGUGGCUAAAAUUUAUAUACGGGAAAUCCACCCGGCUGAGGGAACCAAAAUGGAUUAUGGCUUUGAUUUUAGCGAUGCCAAAGAAUUCCCGUUAAAAAACAAGUCAAUUAUUGCAAAGACCGACUUCCUCCGUGUGUCGAUACACUUUAAAGACAAAACAGUGCAGAAUGAUCUUCACGCGUCGGUGGUUGAACGCCCGGAUGUACUGGCACGCCCGCAUUCCCAGGAUGCACCGCUAGAUAUCAUGAUCCUCGCGUUCGACUCGAUGUCCGAUGCGCAUGUCCAACGAGUGAUGCCUCUGACUUAUGCAUUUAUAAAAGACGAAUUGCAGUCGUUUGUAUUUCGAGGGUUCUCUGUCGUGGGGCAGGCAACCACUCCCGCGCUGACUGCCAUGCUCACGGGACGAACUGUGGAGGAAAACUGUGAGAAGCAGGAGGGAAGAAGAGGGGAACCGGGCUCCACGCCCAUCGACGGAUGGCCCUUUAUAUUUAAAGAAUUGAAAGAGACUGGGUUUGCUUCAAUGUUUAGUGAGGACGACCCUAAACUUGGAACAUUUCAGAUGCGUCUUCUGGGUUUCACUGAGCCUCCAGUGGAUCAUUAUGCUCGUCCAAUGUGGUACGUCCAUCCCCGGUUCACCGACUGUCACGGUUCGCAGCCCCAGUUUGUAAUCCAGCUGGAGUACCUAAGGAGCUUCAUGCGCGCGUACCCCGGCAGGCGAAAGUUCGGGUUCACCUUCCUGUCCGACCUCUGCCAUCAGACUUUGAAUCACGUGUCUACCGCCGAUAAGGGCGUGGCCGACUUUCUUCGAUCUCUGAAGCGGGACGGGCUACUGGAGAACACCAUGUUUAUCGUGAUGGGCGACCAUGGACCGAGGUUCGGUGGGACUAGGCAUUCGACACAAGGAAAGGUUGAGGAGUCUUUGCCUUUUCUUUCGGUGCGUUUUCCAGAAUGGUUUAAGAAAGAGUUCCCCAAGGAAAUAAAAACGUUUCAGGAGAAUACCAAUGCGUUGCUUUCGCCUUUAGAUUUGCAUGCAACGUUUCUUCACUUGCUUCACUUCUCAAGCGGCCUACCUAAAGAACCCGCGACACUUGGUACGUCACUCUUCAGUAUUAUACCUAAAAACCGCAGUUGCGCGGAUGCUAAGAUCCCAGAGUACUUUUGCCCAUGUCUAGAUCGUCGCAACAUCAGAAGUGACCAUCUGCACGCAGUGGAAGGCGCAAAGAGAGCAGUAAAAGAAAUCAACAGACGCCUGAUCAAAGAUGAAAACGCUAAAACACUUUGCAAGACCAUCAAAUUUGAGAGAACCAUCGCGGCGACACAAGUCAUGCCUGGGAAAAAGCUUCAAACUCUAGGUUUUAUUGUUGGUGCAGAUGCUCUAGGCUUUGGAAAGCCUCUAUUUGAUAGCAAAUUCAUUCCGCUAGACUGUAGUUAUGAAAUCCAGUUCUCUGCAAGCCCAGGGGGAGGGCUAUUCGAAGCUAAGGUCACAAUCACGCAAAGCGGUGAAUAUCAAUUGCCGAAUAUUAUAAGAAUAAACGCAUACGGCGAUCUACCGAAAUGCAUAGCCGAAAAGAACCCUAGAUUAAGAGAUUACUGCGUCUGCUUAUAGGCAAUCUAUUAAAAGUAUCCCAUAUAAGCGUCUUUGUUGACAGCUCCGACGAAGGGCUAACGCUCGAAACGUCAGUGAAGCACUUUCGACCUUGUGCUGAUUCAUACUUUGUUGCAAGCAGCCUAUCAUCAGUUUUUUUAGGGGAACUGUGUGAUUCCAUUAUAAAGAUCUUUCUCUCUCAACAGAGGAAAGACUCUUCCCUAUUCAGUGACACCCUUUCUCCUUAGAUGCUACCUCCUGAGUGACUUUACAAACAUUGUAAUUUGUUAACAAAAAUGCGGUGGAGUGGGGUAAAUCGUUUUUGGAGUCACACAUUUUCCAUUUGAGCACACAUUAGUGGCUAGAGUAAACUAUGGGUAUGUUCAAAUAGCUUCCAAGAAUGGACUAAAAAAUUAUCUAAAUUAAUUAAAACAGGUAUCGUAACAAAAAGUCAAAAGUAAUUAUGUCGAAGACGUUCUGAUAUUCAAAUAGUAUUAGUCCUGUAUUCUUUUUUUUGUGAGCCCAAAUAGCCUCAGCUAUUGUUUGGUUUAGUAUACCGACAUGUAACGUCUCUUUAUUAAAACUGAAAAUAAAAUAUGUUCUGAUUUUUCAAAAGAAAAA